CUGCUGAUGAUGCGUGAGCCCUCGAAUCCGUCAUUCGGGCACUCUAACAUUCUGCAUUCGACGCGCGUAUUCUCGGACAUCCGCGAUCGCCGUUCUGCACGUCGGUCGCGGGUGGAAUUUGCAGUCUUUUAGAUUAAUCUCGGAAACAUCAUCGUCGUCCGUAACGUGCGAUUCCGCGCGCCCCACCAGAUCCUUCUCAUUGUAAAUAAUCAUCGAAUUGUCAGGAGGGCUGUCCUCCAUCGACGAUGGCAUUUCGACGAUGUAUCUCCGUUGAGGACGCGUGAAAAGGUGGAGAAGGAUAAGAAGAAGGGGGAGGAGGAGUCGACGGGACGCGGACGUUCCUCGCCAGGUAGAGACACGCUGGCGGAGACUCGCAAGAACGACGGAAGUAUCGUCGUGACUGACGUCGUGGAGUCGAAUGUCGAAAGAUUGUGCGUGGACAUGGAUGAACACGAGAUACUUCUCCUUCCGCCUUUCUCGGGUGCGAAUAACAAGGAACGCGCCAGGAAGAAACUCUGGCGUAGCGCGGUAGAGAUAGUCGCAAGCGAUGACGAAGAUUCGGACGCGAACGAGCACGAGUGUGCUUUCUUUCCAGCUAAGCGACACUGCGCGCAGUUGUCCAAGGUCAAUGAAACUCGUUCGGAUGCGGAACAGCACACAAGUGGAAAUGCAGAAACAUCGGCCAGUACUGUAGGAAAUGUUGAUUAUGAUGAAAUUAUAUAUCGAAUACAAAUUGAGGAAAAACUGAAAUUGUGGCAGGCUUUCCAAGAGGAGGAAGGGUCCAUGGACAAUAACAUCAAUGAAAUUUUGGCUUACUAUAGGAUGAUGCAUCCACCUGAUUCUUUGGAAGAGGAGUCUGUUGGUUCCAGACUCCAUUUGUCAUAUAGAGGCAGUGAUAUGGAGGAUACAGCAGUAACAAUGGCGAUUCGUAAUCACGGCUUAGUCCAAUCGGCCGAGCUCGCCCUUCAGCCUCAUUAUUGUAAAUGUAUAGGUGUCGAUUGUUCCUUUUCGUCCAAAUGUAUGUACGAACUAGAGGACUUUCCUUAUGGAGCGGUUUAUAGCAAUGUAGAAACAGGAAGAUGCAAUUCGCUGGAUGCAGAUAAGGUAUAUGAGUGCGAUCAGCCAGAAGAUUUCUUGGAGCGCGCUGUAGGAGAAGCGAUCAAGAAGAAAGGUCUGAGUGCUCUGAGUGUAGAUUAUGGUUGAAUAAGUUGAUUAACGUCCGCUCUAAUUUCCUCGAUGUAUUUAUAUAAAGUAGCAUAAUACGCGCGUUCACACACACAUACAUACAUACAUACAUACAUACAACACAUCUACAUCUAUCUGUAAUUGUUGUGCUCUAUUGUGUAAACCUAAUCGUGACUUCGUUUUAUAGUUAAUUUUUGUCAUAUGACCGUCACAAUGUGUUCUCUACGAGCGAUAAUCUCGGAAAAUUUAUACUCAAAUACAUAUACAUAUAUAUACAUAUGCGCACGCGCGCGCGCGCACACACACACACACACACACACAUUCCGAUUGUACUCGCUUAUUUGAGAUGACUUAGGAUUGAUUUUAUUCAGUGAUGUGAAGUGAUGUUGAAUUAUUAUAGUUUUCCGUUCAUUAAUCUGUUUAAUAGCCAGCCAUAUAGUCAGGAUUGGGAAAGUUACUUUUUAAAAGUAACUGGUUACCAUUAUCAAAUAAAAAAAAA